AUGAUGCAGGUCUCCAUAGGUCCCCUGUCAGGAUGUCUCAGAUUGCUGGGAUAUCCUGAGUUUCAAAAUUAUGUUUUGGCAAUUCUGUCCAAGGAACAAAACUUGUCUGGAGAUGAAGAAAUAGAUGAUGAUGAGGAAGAAGAAACAGAAGAAGAAGAAAAAGAAGAAGAAGAAGAAACAGAAGAAGAAGAAGAAGAAGAAGAAAAAGAAGAAGAAGAAGAAAAAGAAGAAAAAGAAGAAAUAGUAGAAGUAAAAGGAAAAGAAGAAACAGAAGGAGAUAAAGCAAAAGAAGGAACAGAGAAAGAAGAGGGAAAAAAAGGAAAAGAAAAGGAUCGUAAACCACCGGAGGGAGAGACAAGCAGUAGUAGUAGCACUUUGGAAACUGGAGAGACAGAGGAAACUACUCAGAAAGAGCCCAUUGUUCAGCAUGAGGAGGAAAGCACUGACAGUCACACUGUGAAGAAUUCAUCAGAGAACACUGAUGACCAAAAAACUGGAGGAAUUGUGGGGAGAAUAAAGUUUUCCCUGUUUAAGAGAAAACCACUGACAAGCCAGAAGAUUGAAUGUAGCAGAAAGGAAGACAGCCCUGAAAAGCCAUUGCAGAGUGAAGAAAAAGAAAAGGAAGAUUUAUCUGGUGAAGACAGUAAGGAUGAAAAUCAGAAUCAUACACCAGAGAAUUCCAGUGAAACUGUGACUAACCAGAACAGAAGGGUGAAAGUUAAUACAUGUAUAUUGCUGUAACACUGUUACAAUAUAUGAGAAUGUGACAGUCUUAAAGCACAUAAGUGCAAUUCUUACUUGAAAACAUUUCAAGUUAUGACUUGAGAUGUUGAUGGCUGCUUUUGUUUUGAUUGAUUUGAUUGCUGUAAUUUUAAAUAGGCAGAUGAUUUUUUUUGUAUUUAUUGGUAAUUUUAAUAGCUCAAAAUGAUACGCUUAUCAGCACUUUGCUGGAGUUUGGUGGCCUUACCUGUUGAUGUUCUAAGGCAAAAUAUGGGUUUUUUAAAUGUGAAAAUCGAAUACAGGAAUUUUAUGGGUUUUUGCUAAGUUUAUUGUUUCUGUCUACAGAGUACCACUUCCAGCAUGAUACUCUUGCAAAAUUAUAAUAUUUGAUGUAAGAUAUUAUUUGGUUUAACAACCUAGUUAAAAAUAUUGAAGGUACUCACUUACUUGGAAGUAUACAUGUUUCUUUCUGUUUUGACAUAGAAAAAAUAGCAGUAAAACUUUCAAGUUAACCUGUAGGCCAUUAUUGAAGAAGUUACUCGAGUAUGUGCCUAAUUUCAUGCAUGGCAGCAGACCCAGUGGAAACAGUGUAAGUAUAGAAAUACCCUGCCAAACUGUGACAGGGAGAAAGCUUUUAUUUCUGAGAGGUGCUGAAAACCUUUGCUCCUGCUGAAAUUGGCAUAAGCUGAUGGACCUCUCUCCUCACUGAAUCAGGCCCAGUAAAAACUGGACACUCUCACUCUUGCUUCACUUGGAUUCUAAUCAUGUAUUCUCUGAACAUCCACACCUUAAUGAGUCUCCAGUGAAGCUUUUCUUACAGGAAAAUAAUGCAACCAGAGGCACUGUGACGACAGUAUGACAAACUGAUCUUUAUGGGAUAAAUAUUCAUGUUUUUCUCAGGCAGAGUCACUUUUCUUCAGAUGGCCACUUAGCAGGAGGAGCCAGAAAUCAGUACAAAUAAAAACUGGUUAACACCACUGUAGCAUUAAGAAGCAGGAAUUCUUUAUUCAGCAGAUGCUCAAGGGGAUAUCUCCUCCAAAAUAAUGUGCAGGCUGAGUACAGAAAAAGCUCCUGUUUAUAUAUUUUACAUACAUAGUCAUUGAUUUUCCCAUAGUAAGCAUACACAUGAUAAAUAAUUUCCGUGAAAUCAUUAAUAUCUUUUCCCUUCCCUUUACAUGCAUUCUUCUGUCCUGGAGGUCUCUUUGCUGGUCCCUGGUGGUUGGUGACCCCAGAGUCAUCCCUGAGCACACAGUGAACUGGUAAAAGGUGGAACAACUGGGCUGGUCGCUUUCCAAUUCUUCCUUCAUUUUUUCCUAGUUUUAAAGUUGCUUAAAUUUUAUAUAAUAAGCCAGAAGUGUCCAGAGCUGAUUUCAACCAGAGUUGGUUCACCUGAAUGCUUUGUCCUUGUAAGUAUAGCAGGUGCCCAGAUUCUUUCACAGGGCCUCCUCUGCUACCAUAAUCAUCAUACUAAAAAGCUGGAUGCUGGAGUCAUUCUUUGCCAGAGUUAAUUAGGAUCCUUUUGUGUCUUUUGUUUUCCUUUGGGCUACUCCUGGGUUCUGCAGUGAACCUUACAUGAGGGGGUUUUCUCCUCCAUUAUAUCUAUCUAUUUUCUUAUUUUUCUGAAUGCCACAUGUGGUUUCUGUUCUACUUGGAUACUGUUAAGAAGAGUGAAGUGGAAAAGGAGAAAUAAAGUAAAUGGCUCUCUCAUUAAUUUAAAUAGGUUUUAAUUAUUUUUUUAAGGGGAGAUCAGUGAGAAAUUUUUACUGUAAUGACAAUUUCUUUUUUUAAAGGUGAACAAAUCUAGUGAGAAAUAUUACUUUAAAAUGGGAAUUACCCUCUAAUCUAACACUACAGAAGUUUAUGUAAUGGACUGUAAACUGCUGUAUGUCUGAUCAGUUUCAGGGAUAGGUACAUUUAUCUUGUUCACACACUAUGCUCAACAAGAAGCAGGUACAUAUUUACCCAUUCCAAUGUCUUUUUUACAUG